UCGGUACCUUGGCCAAGUCACAUGUUUCAUAGCUGUCGGUUGCAAGUUCGCGGAGACUUCAACGAGCGUCGGUCGGUGGUUAGUUCAAAGCUCUGAAAGGGCACACGUGAAAGUGAAUGCAGCAGCAACUUUUAUAGAUGGCGACUAUAGAGAGGCCAUAACAGAGAGUAAAACAGAGCCUUUGGAGUUUCGAACAAUCGCGACCUCAACCACAGCAGCAGCAGCAGAAGCCGUGCACGUAAUCGCGGCCAUCGUUGUUGUUUAUUACAAGUGCAAUUACAAAGCCCACCAACAUGCCUUUGCUGCCGAUGGCGUAACAGAGAGCGAAAGUGCGCAAAACUUCUUGGCCAAACGCACCUCUCCGGCUUGAAAAAAAACACACCCUCCGCGCUCUAGUAUCUAGUCACAACCCGAGAGAGCUGGCCGCCGAAAUCAGCCCGAAAAUGCGCGUUGGCGAGGACGAGCUGCCCAGCCUGGAGUACAUCGAAGAUCCGUACAUCCCGAAGCUGGACAACUGCCUGACGCCGUCGCUGGACGACAUCAGCGAGUACAACGUGGAGGAACUGCUCGGCGAUGAGCAGAACUGGCCCGAAGAAACCGAACAGUACCUGCGGUCGCUAACGCUGGACCAGAUUCUGGGCGUUUCGUCCGACGAAGACAUCGACCCGGAUCCGGACGGGUUCCUGGAGAUGCAAACCGUCGAGACCGAAUUUAGCCCGCAACUUGCCGAUUCGAGGGGGAACGGAGCGAGUGGAGCGACGAACCUCAGAGCGGUUGAACCGGGUGAUGGAGUUGGGGGUGCGGUGAUGAGGAAUCUGCUGGCUCAUCGGUUGUUGAAUGGGCGGCAAGCCAGCAAGCUGAAUCAGCUGUUUAGUAAAAGGCGCAUUCGAGAUGUGCGGGUCACGUUUAUUGACUUUUCGAAGCCGUACCUGGCGCGGAUAUCCAGCGGGGACAACUACAAGAGCUUCCUGAACAUUGGGAGUGCAACAGACAAUUCUGGCAAAUUGUCCGAUGCAUCUCCGGUCGGAUCGGUCAGCUCGGCGGAGAUCGCCCAGGAGUUUUCCGGGCUCACCGUGGAGGAACAGGAAGCGCAACGGGCCGAGUGGAGUCAGGAACUGGCCCGCGUUGAGGAGGAAAUCACCACGCUGCGCACGGUGCUGCAGUCCAAGAUUCGGCACGCGGGCGAGCUGAAGCGCAAGCUCGGCAUCACGGUGUGGAAGGAAAUCACCGACGACAUGAGCCAGGGCAUCAAGAACGUCAAGGAGAGCAACGUUUAUCAAUCCGUCGAGACAAAAGUGGGCGAAAUUACGACAGCAGUUACGAGCGCUCCAAUGAUAGCGAGAGGCUACCAGAAAACCGAAACGGCCAUCAAGACGACGGCCGGUAAGACGACCUCCGUCCUCGGUGGCUUCACCAGCAAGCUGACCGGCAAGAUCUCCGAGAUGAAGCAGUCGGACUCGUUCCGUUCGUUCGAGGAACGCGUCGGCUCGGCCUACGAGAACGUUAGGUCUAAAGUAUCCUCGCGGUCCAGCUCGGUGCAGAGCCUGUCGGAUCUGCAGAACGACGAGCGUCGUAGUUCGGUCACGACACCGACGGCGAUCCCCGAGGAGAAAACCGUUCCUUAAUGGGUUUCCCCCGAAAGGGGGCGGCCCCGCCCCCAGCAUAUUUGAAUUCUAAUAUUUCUCAAAGACAAAAAAAAACAAAAAGCAACUUUGAGUGGGUGAAGAUUUUUUUAAACUAGAAGUGAGCUAUUUCGAGGGGAAAGGAAGAAUUCAACAGUUGAAAAAUUAUUUACUAUUAAACAUAGACAUGCGUUAUAAGUUUUUACAAAAAAAUAGAUAUUUUUCCUUUCAGUAUAAAUCAUAACUCUGUCUCAUACAAUAUGAAAGUGUAUCCUCACAAUCGAUUACGAUAACUAGCAGAUGGCAAAAAGGUGCAAAAUAAACCAAUCGCUAAUCACGACCGCUAAGUGUAAAACAAAAAGAAAGAAGCAACAAACACAAUCCACUUUUGUUCUAGCCGCGCCCUCAAAUCGCGCUAAAUCUCACAGAUAAUGUUUCCCACAGCAAAAACAAAACAAAUAAAAAAUCAACUAAAUAAAACAACUGAAUGUGCCUAAACUAGUAGUGAGUCCUCUGUUGUCGUCCAUCGUCCAUCGUAGAAACAUGACUUGUUAGAAUAGCAUUCGUUCGAGUACUUACAAAAUCUACCCCCCAAAACAAAAAAAAAAAGAACGCCAUUUGAAACACGCUAAAUUGACCCUCCUUUCCCUGGUUCCACGCUGCUAAAUUGAAGAGAAAAAAAAAUGUCAUCCUAGGCUAAAUCAUAUUUAAAACAACUAAUCUAUCUCUAGGCUAUAACAAAAAAAAAACAUAUUACAGAAAACGCAUUGGCAGAGAGAGUAAGAGAGUGUAUAAAGAAGAAGAAAAAGAACAAGAGCUUGCGAGAUGAUUAGAGAGAAAACGCAUUGAAAACACUUCAAAAAUACUAAAACAAACAAAAAAUAGUAUGUGAUGAAUGGAAUUCCCACGCAGCAGUGUUAUGAUCCAGAAGCGCAUUGCAUUAGUACUACAUUCUAAACAUAAUAAAACACAGGAUAUAAAAAGGA